AUGGCUCGUAAGAACAUCCUUGUCACAGGUGCAACUGGCCAACAGGGCGGCGCUCUCAUCUCAGCCCUCCUCGCAAGCAACCCUCAGGAAUUCAAAAUAUUUGCCUUAACACGCAAUGCAUCCUCUCCAUCUGCCAUUCGUCUUGCCGCCCAGGGCACCACCGUUAUCCAAGGAGACACCACCAAGCCUGACGCCGUUUUUUCUCAAGUCCCGGAUCCAUAUGGCGUCUUCUUGGUCACCGUCCCAACUGCCACUGAAAAUGAACAAGCGAUGCCAUUCAUUGAUGCCGCUAUGAAAUCGGGCGUUAAUCACUUCAUAUUUACGUCUGCCGAUCGCGGUGGGCCCGUUAUAUCAGAGAGUGAUUCUACACCAGUGCCGCAUUUUGGAACCAAGAAAGCCAUUGAGCAGCACUUGAAGAGUGCGGGGGGAGGACAAAUGCUGUGGACCAUUUUACGACCAACGUCCUUCAUGGACAACCUCUCUCCAAAUUUCAUAGGCAAAGCGCUUGCGACGAUGCUGAAGCAGAUGGGAUCCACAAAAGUAUCUUUGAUCGCGACGAAGGAUAUCGGAAGAGCUGCGGCACUGGCUUUUGCUAGGCCAGAGGUGUAUGCAGGAAGGGCUUUGACACUAACAGGAGAUUUGCUCACCUUUGCGGAGAUGAAUACGAUCUUCAAAGAGGAGACUGGGAAGGACCUUCCGACGACCUUCAAGUUUGUGGUCAAUGGCCUACAGUGGGCAAUUAGUGAUCUAGGUGUGACGAUGAAGUAUCUUCGGGAUGGUGCAUAUGAGUAUGAUAUGGACAAGGCGUUGACGGAGGAAUUGGGCCUCAGGGAUUUCAGAACAUGGCUUCGAGAAGAUAGCAAGUUUGAGGUCAAGGAGGAGGCUGAAUCAUGA